UGGCUCAUCCUCUUUUUCUAAUGCAUCGCUAAAUCAGCAACCACAACUGAGUGUUUUCUCUAUUUUCUGUCACAUUUAAAACCGUGCUCUUUCAUAAACAUUAAGACAUAACUACUGGGAAAGUUUAAGGGAAACAAACGUUUAUACCUUUUUCUGCUUUAUGCUAUUGUUGAAACUGCUACAAAAUCUUAUUAAUUUAUACUGGAGUUUAUGUGAACAUUUAUUUAUAAAAAUAGCAAUCUGAGGAAAAACAAAACAUAAAAAAGUUUAAAAAAUAAGGAUAAUUUUAUUAAAUAUAGAGAACAGUUUCAGCUUUAUCACAAUUAAUUAAAACUCAAUAAUUACCUCUGUAUAAUUUUUGCUUUGGACACUGACAAGAAAACAUUACAUUUAUGAAGUAUUAAAACGGGAGUUUGUGAAGUUUCAGCUAUGAAAGUGUCAAUAGUUUUACGAGUUACUAUCAUAUUAACUAUCUGCUUCUUUUGUGAAAAAAUUUCUGGUCUCAAAAGAAGAAUAAAAACAUCAAAAUGCAAAUAUACAUUUGUAGUCAAUGAAAUGGACACUUCUAAUUGUCCCAAUGCUUUGUCACCAGUGCAAGCAGAUAAGGAACCUGAGAAGUCAUUCCAAGUCAAUCCUCUACUCCCGCUGAACGUUCCGACACAUGUCGUAAAAGAAGAAAAUUCCAACGAUGUGAAAUCAUGGCUUAAUAAUAUGGAAAAACAACUAUAUGAAGAACUUAAGAAAAGUGAUGUUAUAAACGUAACUUUAUCCAAACAUGAAAAUUCGCUGUCAAAAGCUGAAAAAACACUGAGAGAUUAUGAAACAAACUUCACAGCAAUAUUUAGAAUGUUACGAUACUUAGAAAAUUCAAUACAGGAUCAAUAUACAAUGAGCAAAAACCUAGACAAGAAAUUGUCUGGGGUGAUGCUGGACGUUGUUGAAGUGAAUAACGUGUUGUCAAAGAAGGUUACGGCGGCAGUGGAUGGACAAAUACAAGGGAAGGAUAUUGAGGUCCAGAGUGUAUCUAAGGUUACCUCUUGUUCAAUCUCUCCUGGAAUUGUUGUAUACAGAGACUGUGCUGAUGUAUUCAGUCGUCACAAAGAGUCAGGUGUGUACUAUGUGACACCUUCUUACGCUCCAUGUCCAAUACCUGUUUGGUGUGACAUGGACACAACAAAUGGAGGGUGGCUACUUAUCCUGAAGCGUCAAAAUGGAGAAGUUGAUUUCAAGCGCCUGUGGGAUGAUUAUAAACAUGGCUUUGGUAACAUCGUGAAUGAAUACUAUUUGGGAAAUGACAAUAUAUUUCUAAUAAGCAAUCAACGCCAUUAUGAGCUACGCAUAGAUCUGUGGGAUUUUUCCGGAAAUCGAGUAUAUGCUCUUUACAAAACAUUUCGCAUUGAUGGUGAGCGUGACAAUUAUCGCCUAAGUAUUCAUGCUUACGAAGGAAGUGCUCGAGAUUCACUGAAAUCGCAUGAUCGUGUAAUGUUUAGUACGCCAGACCGAGACAAUGAUGAAUAUCAAGGUUACAACUGUGCCCGAGAAUGGAUGGCGGGCUGGUGGUUUAACAACUGCUGGUACUCAUUCCUAACUGGACCAUACUAUAACAUAUCUAAAGUUAGAUACAGAGGUAUCUCUUGGAAUGACUGGAAACAUGAACAGUUAGCAAGAGUCGAAAUGAAAAUACGUCCCAGUAGAAUUGCUCCAACUAAUUACGAGAUUCAAAGUACAAAUGACACCAAAGGUGCAGACAGCAAAAAUAAGAAAGCAGAAUUCAAGAAUGAGCAAAGGGGAAAUUGAAAACAAUAUGCUCAAAACCAUCCAACAAUCACAUUUUCAAAUGAUUUUUAUACAUUUUUUUAAACUGAAUUGAAUGUUAUAAAAUAAAUACAUGAUCAAUUUACAAUUUUACACACAAAGUCCCCAUCAGAAAAGACUUACAUACAAUGGAUGUGAAGGAAGCAGAGUUUAUUUUAUGGUCUAGCUUAAAGGCUUCAUUACAUAAUAUAUUAUAAGACACUGUUGCUUUAUCAUCUAAUGCGCUCAAGUCAAUUUAAUAGUCACUUUCAAGGAACAAAUAUGAGCCGCACCAUGAGAAAACCAACAUAGUGGCUUUGUGACCAGCAUGGAUUCAGAACAGCCUGCACAUCCAUGCAGUCUGGUCAGGAUCCAUGCUGUUUGCUUUCAAAGCCUAUUGCAGUUAUAGAAACCGUUAGCGAACAGCAUGGAUCCUGACCAGACUGCACGGAUGCACAGGAUGGUCUGGAUCCGUGCUGGUUGCAAAUGCACCAUGUUGGUAUUCUCAUGGUGCGGCUCAUAUUAUGCUGACAGAAAGCAAACUUUGAAAUAGUGCUGAGCUAAUGAUAUAACCUGCAAGCAGAAUAUGUAAAAUGCUCCUAAGCUUUCAAACUGCCUUGUAUUUACAUAUGAAAAAAAAAAUGCAUAAAUUUUCAUUUUCUAUAUUUUUGCUGUAAAAUUGCAAUGACUUCAUUUAACAUUCUGCAAAGUUUCGGCAGCAGAUUCCAUAUCUAUCUUAUCAACAGAAUAUCUGAGAUUCAAAGGUUGUAAAUAUAUUCUAUAUUUUUGUGAAGAUUGAUGCUUUUGUUGAAUAAAAUGGCACUUUACAAAGAAUUCUUCCACAAAUAAUGCU